AUGGGUCUUUUCCAACCGUCAAUCCCGCCCUUACCACCCGGAAUUGACCUCGCCGGUCAGACCGUCGUAGUUACAGGAGCAACCUCUGGUAUUGGACUGGCUGUAGCUAAGCGAAUAGUCAAGCUGCACGCAUCAAAUGUCAUCUUCGCCGUACGAGAUACCGUGAAAGGAGAAGCCCUCAAGGCGUCUUUCCUAGCAGAUCCCGAAAUACGGUCCGCAAAUCCCAAGGGUACCAUUCAAGUCAUGCAGCUCAAUAUGGAAACAUACGAGAGCGUCAAGACAUUCACGUCAGAGUUUAUGCGACGCUUCGGCGAGCUUCAUGUUCUUUUGCUGAACGCUGGAGGCAUGUCACAUCAGCGCGAGAUGGUAUCUUCUGGUCACGAGAAGGCAAUACAGGUCAACUACCUGUCGAAUGUCAUGCUCCUACUCGAGCUGCUUCCAUUGUUGGAAAGCACGGCGGACAAGGCUGGGAAACCCUCGCGGGUAACUUGGACUGGCAGCCGCUCGUACCGACAGACGAGUCUAAACAAAAAUCCGCCUUCUGUCUCCAAGGGUAUACUCAACCACCUCGACCACGCGGAAAGCAUCCCUCUGUUUACUCGGUAUGCAGACAGCAAGCUUCUUGGACUUUUGUUUUUGCGAGAGCUAGCCAACCGCUACGGCCAUGACAAAGUCAUCAUCAACAGCUUCUGUCCCAACACUGUCGAUACGGGCAUGGCUACUUCGAUGCCUUUCUAUCUCCGUAUUCCUGCUGCAGCGAUAAUGAAGGUCAAGGGUAGGAGUCCAGAUGAAGCUACCUCUAUCGUGCUCAACGCGGCAUUUGUAGCCGGGGAGGAAACGCAUGGAAAUCUGCUGGAGGAUUGUACUGUUGUGCCGUUAUCCAUGUUUGUGCAGUCCGACGAAGGAGCCAAAGUUCAGAGCCAGUUAUGGAAUGAGACCAGCCCGCACAGUCGCCGUAUCUUUUCAGGGAAUCCUUCUGGCUCAAGGCUAGCCUCCUCCGCUCUUCGGGCAUGCGUUGCAGUAGCCACUCUCGUACUUAAUCACGGAUCCGCCCCUGUUCUCGCCUCUGUCUUUUCAGAACCAUUCCAAGUCUUUUCCGCCAAGAAAUUCCCCGGCGUCAUCGAGAGCACACCCUUGAGCAAAUGCUUUGCUUUACAAGGCAUCAAGAUUCCCAUCCGCAAGGAUGGCGUCAAGGGCCGCGGUGGAGGCGGAGACGGCGACGGCGAGUACGACUGA